CAGAGGUAAGACCUGGAACCAGCAGAAUCCUGGAUGUCGCGGGCUCGCUUGGGCCUGAGAGCAGCAGUGACUACCGGGGACUGCUCGAAGUAGAAACGAGACCUGUGCUACAGGUGUCAGCAGGCCCUAGCGCGCAGACGCCAGGUCAUCUGCCCUUUGAUACAGACAAACAAAUAGCAAUUGAACAGGAGAAGAAUGGCACUGAAGCAAAUUUCCAGCAACAAGUGCUUUGGAGGAUUGCAGAAGGUUUUUGAACAUGAGAGUGUGGAGCUGAAAUGUAAAAUGAAAUUUGCUGUCUACUUACCACCAAAGGCAGAAACUGGAAAGUGCCCUGCCCUGUAUUGGCUUUCUGGUUUAACUUGCACUGAGCAAAAUUUUAUAUCAAAAUCUGGUUACCAUCAAGCUGCCUCAGAACACGGCCUUGUCGUCAUUGUUCCAGAUACCAGCCCUCGUGAAUGCCAUAUUAAAGGAGAAGAUGAUAGCUGGGACUUCGGCACUGGAGCGGGAUUUUAUGUGAAUGCCACUGAAGAUCCUUGGAAAACUAACUACAGAAUGUAUUCUUAUGUAACAGAGGAGCUUCCCCAACUCAUAAAUGCCAAUUUUCCAGUGGAUCCCCAAAGGAUGUCUAUUUUUGGCCACUCCAUGGGAGGCCAUGGAGCGCUGAUUUGUGCUUUGAAAAACCCUGGAAAAUACAAAUCUGUGUCAGCAUUUGCUCCGAUUUGCAACCCAGUGCUGUGUCCUUGGGGCAAAAAAGCCUUUACUGGAUAUUUGGGAACAGAUGAAAGUAAAUGGAAGACUUAUGAUGCAACCCAUCUUGUGACGUCUUAUCCAGGUUCUCAGCUGGACAUACUGAUUGAUCAAGGAAAAGAUGACCAGUUCCUUUCAGAUGGACAGCUACUCCCAGAUAACUUCAUCGCUGCCUGUACAGAAAAGAAAAUCCCUGUUGUUUUUAGAUUACAAGAGGGUUAUGAUCAUAGUUACUACUUCAUCGCCACCUUUAUUGCUGAUCACAUCAGACAUCAUGCAAAAUACCUGAAUGCAUGAAAAACUUCAGAUGAAAGAAUCUCCAAGAUUAUAAAAGUUAUAAUAAAAAAUUGCUGAGAAGAAAAAAAUGUUAAA